AUGACUUCAACGUUCACAUUGCCGCCAGUCGAAGGCGAGCCCGAAGUUGGUGUCCACCUGAUAGACGGCUUGACUCAAGAGCAACUACUGAACUGGAAACCUUUCAAGGAGUGGCUGCCCACAAUUCGCCGGUCCAUUGCUCUGCAGACUGAUCCGCAUCAUCCAUUCCACCAGGACGAUGAAAGAUUUACUCUCCGGUCAAUAGAGGUCAAAGGCGUCGACAUAUGGGGGUCCGGCGACAAGAAGCGAAUAGGCUUCCUGAUGAUGAAGACAGUCGUGAAGAACGCGAAAGGCGAGCAACUCCCCGGAACCGUUUUCCUCCGCGGAGGCAGUGUUGCUGUCUUGAUGAUUCUCAUCCCUGAAGAGGACGAGACCAGGACUGAACGAUGGGUCGUCAUGACCCAGCAGCCACGCGUACCAGCGGGCAGCCUCACUUUCUAUGAGAUUCCAGCUGGCAUGAUCGACGACCAGGGCACAUUUGUUGGAGCUGCAGCAAACGAAGUGUUUGAGGAAACUGGCAUUCCAAUCAAAAGCAAGGAUCUGGUCGACAUGACAAAACUCGCUUUAAGGAAUGCCCAGCAUGCUCUCAAGGAGUCGCAAGGCUCGGAGGAGCACUUGCAGAAAGCAAUGUAUCCCAGUCCUGGCGGAUGUGAUGAGUUCAUUGCCUUGUUUCUUUGGGAGCAAACGUGGCCGAAGACUGAGAUCAACAAUCUCAGGGACAAAUUGUCUGGCACGAGCAAUGAGAAGAUCAAAGUCAAGCUUGUGAAGUAUGAGGAGCUUUGGAGGGAGGGCGCGAGGGACGCGAAGACGCUCGCUGCUUGGGCUUUGUAUGAGAAUCUGACGAGAGAAGCUGUCUGA